CACUUCUACACCGCGCCUCGCUGCUGUUGGUUGGGCAUGAGGAUCAGCGAGCAGCCGGAGAGAAGGAAGAGCUUUACAGAAAAAGAGCACAAACAGAAAAAGAGGAUUCCGAACAGUACAGGCAGGUUUGAGAACAGAAAAAAUGUAAUGUGUUCAGUGAAGGAGUGGUGGAAGUGCGACAUUAUUGCAAGUGUUUCUUUAUAACGCGAUUGGGUUACAGGGAUGAAGUUUGAAGGAGCUCUGAUCAAUCCGUGAGAUGAGAUAUAAGAUGAGAUAAGAGCUGAUUUUCUUCUCCUCGUUGUUCUUCAUCUUCAAGAAACUAAGAUGAGACAAGAUUUCUAUGCAUCUGCAAUCUCUUCUAGAGUGACCAUGUCAAGAGGAGGACCCGGAUUCGUCAAUGAGUGAGCCUCGUUUCAGCUUCGCGUCUCUACCUGAUCUCCGUCGCGUGCCAGAUUUUCAACCCAAUGCUCCAUUUUGUGGAUCAUGGGAUGCAUCAAGUCCAAGUGCAACAAACCCGUUCAGAACUCCAGCGUGGUGCAGAGGGCCGAAGCCGGGCCGGAGAAGAAGCGAGAAGAGAAGGCUGUCUUGGUGCAUUCGGAAACGGGCCCGGAUGAGGACGCGUCCCGGGUCAACCCGGUGCUUCUGGACUACGCGCAGAGACUCUCGGAGGAGAUCGUGGCUCGGGCCGUGCAGCAGUGGGCCGAGGUGGACAGCCGUUACAGCGACAUCCCGUAUAUCGAGUGUGAUGUGCCAUAAAGGCCAGCGCAUCAUCACCAUCAUUAUCACAUGUGCUUUACCAAGGUCUGGGCCUGACGACCUGAAGACCGGAGAUGUUUGCAAACUUGCAGAUACACUGAAGAAACGUGACGUUCGAACAGCUUUUAUACUGGAAGUGUGUGUGGGAAGUUGCGCUGCGGCAGCUUCGAGGCUUUAUCUCUGUAAAAGCACAAAUGUACUAAAGUGCUGUCAAAGCACUGAUACGCCUCGGCAGGUUUUUAUUCUCCCCCGUUUUUUCCAUAAUCACCAAGUGUCAUAUCUGUAAGCCUGAAUCUCUACGAGGCGACCAGCAAAGCCAAGAGCAGUGUCCAUAGACCGAAAUGGCAUCGUUCCAGAGUUGCUAUAAAUAAUCCAAGCGCAUGAUCGUCAUUUUGUGUAAACCACAACCAAAGAAUUUUCGUUUUAGGAAGUGUGAACACGGCUGCAGAACAACUAACAAAUACAAAACUACAAAUGCUAAUAUCUCAGAAAGGAAAUCAGUCCAGUCAUACAAGGAAAAUUACACAUAUGGACAAGAGUAGUUUGUGGACACCUGAACAUAAAAUUGGUAUGUGCUCCUUUUUUGAACAUCCCAUUCCACAUCUAGUUGCUGUUAUAAGAACUUCCACUGUUCUGGGAAGAUGUUCCACUACAUUUUUAAGAAGAUUUGUGCUCAUUCAGCCAGUUAGUAAAGUCAGGUAGUGUUGUAGGUGAGAAUGUGAAGUGGUCUGGGGAUGCAGUCUACUCCAUAGCAGGAGAUCUUCCACCUUCUCCAACCCAUGUAAAGCAGAUCUUCAUGGAGCUGACUUUGUGCACUUUGUGUCAUGCUGGAAAAGGUUUGGGUCUCCUAGUUCAAGUGAAGGGAAAAUUUCAUGCUCCACCAUCCGAAACCUUCCUAUGCAAUCGUGUGCCUCCAACUUUGUGAGAAGAACCUCAUAUGGCUGGAAAAGGUGGGUGUCCCAAUACUUUGGGGAAUACAGUGUAAAUAGUUGAGUGUUUAUAAACUAGGUUGGGAAAAAAAAAUACACACACACACACAUCCUUUUGACAUAUUGCUAUUAGUAAGCGCAUUAGCGCAACUUCGUAAGGAACUAAAAGCUGGAUGAGUUCCUGCUUAGUAUUUUUAUUACACUAAUGAGAAAAUGCGGCAAAAUUGGUUUUCGGACAUAAUUAAUUAAUAAUUAAUAUAGAUAACUAAUAUACACUUAAUAUAUACGUGCGCAAAAAGUGAAACAUUAAUCAUUAGAUUAUAUUAUACAUGAAUGAGCUGGAAGGAAGAAGGGGCGGAGCUUCCAGGUCAACUGCCAAUCAUUGAAUUUUGCUCAGUGUAAUUUUUGCUAAUUUUCAAUUCGAUAAACGUCACAUAAAAUAGAUAAAAGUCGGCAGGACUGCGUGAACACUAGAAUCAGAGUUCGUGAUGAUUAGCCUGUUGACGUGAAAACCAGCUGCUCCACAAUCAAUUUUUAAUUGCUUGCUUGCAGAAAGCUGAUUUUCAUUUCAUUCUCCUUUUAAUCAUUAAUUAGCACGCUAAAAUCCGACCUGAGGGUGAGAAAAGUCUCACACUGUGUGAGGUCGAAACCUACUAGAGUUGAUGCCGAGUACUACCUCAGUGUUACUUCAGUCGUAGCACUUCACCAACACGUCUGAGGGAAUUGUUAAAGUUCUGGUUGUUUUCCUCUUGUUUUAUCAGACAUACACACACCAAGCUACUGAAAUAAACACUUUAUGCUACCUAGCUGAAAUCUUCUCCCCACUGAUAUGCUAGUUUUCAUGCUAGACUUUAGCAUUCUCGUGUGUGUGUCAGUAUGCGCAAGUUCCUGAGGUAAAACAGAGCAUAACAUCAGUUCCUGAGAAAAUGGUUCCUGCUAGAAAAUGGAACCACACUCAUGUUGCAGUUCCUUAUCUGUAUGCCAUGAGGUAACCGUCUCGUUAGGAGAACAGAUGGCUGUAAUGACAGAAAUCUUUUUUCUUCAGUCAUGUAUGGAGUAUCACAGAUCCAAUCCUCAUGGUCACCAGAUGACUAUGAGCCGGAGACCCCAUACACUGUUCCACCGCAUUCCACCUAACUAACCUGCUGAGGACGUGCGACCAUGACGAGCUUUAACGCAAGCACAAUCUGCCCUGUUGCUUGGGGGUUUCCACUGGUGCAAAACCACCGUCUAACCAAAUGAACGUAACCGCCAUCCCUUUAAUUCCGGCGCUCAGCAUCCAGCUGGAGUGUUUCCUCAGAAGUCUGGAGACAUAUAGAUAUUUAUAUAUACACAGCAUGAUGUCGCCAAGCUAAUGGGAGAACCGUGAUGAUAAAGCGUUAGCUUGUUUGGAAUAGGAUCUCUGAGCACCAGCAAAUCCAUUUCCCACUUCACAACAAAAGCAGCGAUUAGAUUCUCUGAUCCUGGAUCAUCUCCAGCUCCAUUCGCAUCCUUAAAGCUAUUAUAAGAGUCAGCAGCUCUUGUAUUAACACGUAAAGACCGUAUUAUCUCAACGAGGCAAGUUUAUUUUUGUACAAAGGCACCUGGAUGCUACACAUAUACAUGUUUUUAUUUCCCACUCACACUAACUAUAACCAUAAGAUCGAACAUCCCAUUCCAACUUUAGUCCUCGUUUCCUGUUAUAAUGACCUCCACUCUUUUGGGAAGAUGUUCCACUAGACUUUUUGUGGAGAUUUGUGGAGAUCUUCCACUCCAAACGAUGUA